GACUGUUCUUUCCCACUAACGGCACCAAUUGUGGUAUACUGCGUUAAAUUAAAUUACCUUUAUGAGUUUCUUCAAAUCCUUCAGGUCCAGUAAUCAAAAUGGACAAAGUUAUCUUCCAGUAUCGCAGAAUGAUACUCCAGUUGGCAAUUCCGGCACCUCGAAUAACUUCAGAUCAAAGCUUCUGAAAUUGAAUCCUUUCAAGUCUAACUCAGUAUAUCUUGAAGAUGAAGAUAACUAUGUGACUUCGGAGCCAGGCUACUUUGAAUUGUCAAGAUGGGAUCGAAUGUUGAUCUUUGGAUUGACGUUUGCUGGUUCAGUAUGCUGCUAUUUGAUCUGUAUAUUCUUAUUUCCAGUUUUGUCAUUAAAACCCAGAAAAUUUGCCCUUUUAUGGUCGUUGGGUUCCAUCUUCUUUUUGGUAAGUUUUGGUGUUCUACAAGGGUUUCAAGCAUAUGUGUUACAUUUACUACUGUCAACUAGAAUCAUUUUCACUGUGACUUUUAUUACCAGUAUUAUAAUGACUUUGAUUAGUAGUUUAUCUUUGAAAAGUACAAUACUUUCUAUAAUAUUUGCCGUACUACAAUUGAUAAGUGCGAUUUGGUAUACUGUUAGUUACUUCCCUAUGGGUCAACAGACUUUGAACUUGGCUGGUAAUGUUGCAAGAAGUCAAGUGGACAGUUGGAUAAAUUCGUAAGUAGAUAUAUAACAUAAAUGCAUUUAAGAGAGAAAAAAACCCGCUAUUAUUUACUCUAUAUGAUUGAAAGCGAAAUAUAUGAA